AUGGCACCCAGACCUGAUUUGAUUGUCAAAGCUCUGGGCAAGUUGACAGCCAAGGGUUGUCAAGGUCUUGCCCAGGCCCUUCAAGCUGAACUCAGUGAAGGAGGGGCAUGGCAACUCUCUGCCUCUAAUCUUGCUUGUGCCCCCAAGCACAAAGAGCUGCAGGAGAUGGCUGCCAAGAAACCCAAGGCAGCCUUGUCCCCAGAUGAGGUCGCUGUUCAAGAGAGACUGCAGAAACAGCUGAAAGUGAACUUCCUUUGCCUAAUUGGUUUCAGCAAGGAACAAAAUGGGGGCAAAAUUCCUGGUAAGAACCUCCUCAGCCAAUUUAUGCCUCAAGCUCCUGUUGGUACUGACCUGUACAUGUUGCUGGACUGGGGCACUUCCAGGUGGGACGAAGGGGGGAAUUACCCCAUCAUUGAUUGGGUUAUUGCCCUGGUUCUGGAAGAGAAUAAGCGAACCCCCCUGCCCCCCAACACUGACCAAGCAUGGCUCACACAGCCCUCUCUCAAGGCUUUGUUCCACCCAAUUUGGUCCAAGCUGAAACAACAGUUCGAAGCAGAACAUGACAUGGCAAAGAAGUCCAGGAAAGACAAGUGGUUGCUUGAGGGGAGGUUGACUGAGCAUAGAAACACACAAUACAACUGGGCUGUUAAGGGAGGCAAGCUGUUAGCCCGCAAACUUGGCAUUGAAGAAGAUGACAUCAAACUGCUCAUGUUCUCCCUAGUCAAUGAGCACUGGGUCAGGGAGGAGUACUCCUGGGAUGAUCUCCUGGAUGAGCAGCAGCAGGCUUCUUGGUGGAUCAGCAUGUGCAAAUCUGAUCAGUUGAGCCCUGCCCAGAUGUGA